AUGAGGUGGCUGACCUUCUUUCUCGACCUUCCCUAUCUGCCCUUCAAUUCUCACAGGGGAUCGACCUUGAUGCUAUGGCGGUGGAGCAAAAACGAGAUGGCUGUCCUGGCGACGAAGCUGUCACUGGUCUCCAGCUUGCGGACUUUCCCCUCACCACCGGAGCUGGCACCAUCGUUUGUGUCGACUCCUUUUCAUCGCCCCUUCGUGCCGCCCUUGAUGCGUAGAGCUGUGUUCCAAACUCUUCAUGAACUCUCUCAACCAGGGAUUCGAGCCUCACAAAAGCUCCUCGCGGAAAGUUUCGUCUGGCCUGGCAUGAACAAGGACGUCCUGCCCGAUUUGCCGGCGGAGUAA